AUGAAAAAGUCGGACUGGAUGUACUCAAAAACCGACUUUCACUCACACUUACUCAACACCUUGACCUCGACUUUCAUGCCUCAGCCACAAAAGUAUUUCACUGCACAAGAGAAAAACGAGGCAAACCGUCAAAAACAUGCUAGAUACUAUGCCAAACAUAAAGCAGAAAUACAGUUGAAGAGAACAGAACGAACACAGAUGCAACGAGAGGCACAAAGUGGGAAGAGGUUGAGAAAGGGCUCGUGGAGCAAGGACAAUAAAGCACAGUGUCCCCCACCAGCUGCAAGUUCUCAGAAGGGUAGAAAGAAGGUUUUACCAGAACAGCCGAUCGUUCUAGCGGUGCAGAAAUGGGAAGGCAAAGCACAAGAUCUCUAUGCAAAAGUUCAAUCUUUAUAUGGAAAACACAAGAGUUUUCAUGAAUACUGCGACUACUUAUGUCGCAAGUACAUUGCCGGUCACGAUGAAGGGAAGGGAAAUAACAGCACCCAUUUAUUUGAGGAGGCGCAUCAGGUAAUGGAGGAGUACUUGCAUCAAUUCAGACACUAUAAACAGAAGCUUUUGGAGGAGGUUGGUCAGGAGGAUGCGUACUACAGGGUGAAUGAGAUGGAGACGCAGGCACAUCUAGCAGUUCAAGCACUAUGUGAUCUAUACUGUGAGGCAAUCAUAGGUGUUGAGCACUUGUCGCGCCACUACAACGAAGGCCGAUUCUCCUUUAGUAAGUAG